AUGUCCAUGAUCGAGAUCCUCGGCGUUCCUACACCGAUGCUUGUUAUCCAGAAAAAUUGUCUGCUUGGUCCAUACCUGGUGUCGUACUGCGAAGAUCCGAUGCACGAAAUAAAGAAAAUUGCAUCUCAUUUCGCUUCUCGACGCACAGAGCUCGCAAGCAUGUCAGAUGCAUAUCCUCUUCGAGAGUCUCUUGACCGCAUCAGUCCCACAAAAUCACGGGGCACUUUACUUGCUGCAGAGUUUCAGACCUUGUACGGUUCCGACGUGGCAACUUCUCCACGUACUCCUCCUGUCAUCAGCGCAUCUCAUGCUCUCGUCUUGCUCGAAGCUGACAUUCAAACAUGUAUCCUCGAUUGGCGCCACGCUAUCGCACGCUCGACAACAAGCUCUCAUCGAAAAACGUGUGAUGCACUCACCAAUCAUGCCCUGAAACGCGCACAACACCUAUUUCACGCUGGAGCAAGUGUUUUAAAGUUUGGUUAA